AUGCCUGAAAUCACCUUGUACAUGGGCAAAGCCGGCUGUGCGCUUGGCGCCCAUAUUCUUCUCGAGGAGAUCGGAAUCCCUUAUAGGAUCGUCAUCAUGGAAGUUGGACCUAGCGGGAGUUACGAGACCGCUGACGGCAGCAUGAGCAUCGCAGAGUAUCGAGAGAAGAUCCACCACGACGGCUUCGUCCCUGCACUCAAGGUGGACGACGAGAUCAUCACUGAGAACCCGGCUAUCCUGAGCUUCAUCGCAUCACUGUGCACGGAGAGAAAGCUCCUGGGAAAGACACCAAUCGAGAACGCUCACAUUGUCAAGUGGCUGACCUGGAUAUCUGGCACGCUGCACGGGUACGGUUAUGGCAUGCUGAUCCGCCCUGCUCGAUUUUCAAAGGAAGAGGACCUAUAUCCGAAGAUCAAAGAUAUGGGACGGGCAUAUAUUCUGGACUGCUACUCGAAGAUCGAGGUGGCUCUGCAGGGGAGGGAGUUCCCGAUUGGUGAUGCGGAGAGUCUAGUAGACUACUAUUUGGUCCCAUUUUGGCACUUCGGCGCUACUUUCGGGUUUGAUAUGAAUCUAUAUCCCGAGUACCUGAAGCUGGUUUGCAGGAUUGAGUCUAAGGAGGCAGCGAAGUGUGUUCUGACGGAGGAAGGGGUCGAGCUGGCAGCAUAA